AUGGGAGAUCCGUGCGAUUUGGAUCUUGAAAAACACGAUGGACGGCGGUUCGCGCGGGUGCGGCUGCCGACGGCGUGGGCGGGGGGGGAGACGCGGGCGCAGAUUUUUCCAAACGGGCCGGUGGUGACGGUGACGGCGCCGGAGGGCGCGAGGGGCGGGGACGAGAUCGAGUUCGCGGUGGAGCCGUGGACGGUGGAAGACGUGCCGCCGAAACCGCCGGGAGGGAGGGGGGAGACGGAGGAGGAGGAAGCGCCGCCGCCGCCGCCGCCGGGGGAGCCGCCGACGGAGUGGGGCGCGGGGCGAGCGCCGCCGCCGCCGCCGCCGCCGCCGCCGCCGUCGGGGAUCGGAUUCGCGCCGAUGGGCGCCGUGGACGUGCCGCCGCCGCCGUCGGGGAUCGGAUUCGCGCCGAUGGGCGCCGUGGACGUGCCGCCGCCGCCGCCGGGUUCGCCGUGA